AUGUCUACCAACAACCUUGGAACACUGAAGACCCUGCCUCCAGAGGUUCGAGAUCUCAUCUGGAGAGAACUCCGACCCUCACGUGCUCCGAUCCAGAGGGAAUCCAAGGGCGAGACAGCAAAGCCGCUUGGAAUCCUGAGUGCGUGUCGCCAAUUGAACGACGAAAUCAUACCUUGCCUGUACGGCAGAGAGACACUCGAAAUCCGGGUCGGAAACGACCACCACGCCCUCUUCACCAUUCAAAGUACGGCUGGGGCGAAAUGGUAUUUCCUGGACCAACAGGGCUGGGAGUACCAAACCUUUCGACACCUCCCGUGGAAGAAGCUCCGGGCUGUACGAAUCGUGAUCGAUGCACCAGAGGCCAACAAUAGUACUCAGAUUGUCGGUAUCUUGCACAAUGUCCUUCGACUUGUUGGCCUCCUGGUACAAGCGGAUGGACUCCCUUCCCUCGAGAUCAGUCUCUUGGAUACGCCUCUUGGGAACUGGGCCCAACAACAACGUCAGACGACCGGCCCGGUAUCAAUCUGGUAUCCUUUGCGCCGUGACUGUCCGAAAAUCAUUUGGCCAUUUUAUCGGUUGCACGGAAUGAAGCAAGUUAGUCUUAAUCUGCCGGAAUGUCUGAUCAACAGACAUAGCGUGGUAGAGGAGAUGGAGGAGGUGAUGAUGGGGAAACGGAGAAAUCCAAUGGAACGAUGA